GGCCCUCGAUUCAAUGCCCUCAUUCCCUUCUUGAGCUCGCUCGCCCCGCCCGCCAGCACAUCCUCAUCCUCCCUCCCUCCCGUGCCGGAGCUGCAACUGCCAUUGCCCUUCUCGUGCUCCAAGCCCACGCCUCGCUGUUACCGAACCCCUCUUUCCAGGCUUGGAGGCGCCUGCUUGUCCGCUUCCUGCCUCCACCUCCCCACCCACGACGCCCACCGCGCGCCGGAAGCCUCCAACCGGGGCUUUGUUUGUAGCCACCCGCUUUGGCCCUUCCCGUGGUCACAUCGCCCGCUGCGGCGUGCGCCCAAAAGGAAAUGAGAGCAAAGUUCGGGAUCAGUUCCCCGGCGCCCCGCCCCCUCACGUGCCCGCGCCAGUGAGAGCCGCCCGGCUGCCUGACGAUUCCCGGCCCGAUUCCGAUCGCUGGCGAGUUCCAAUCUCGGUGGCGCCCGUGCGCGGGGGAAUGCGGGUCAUGGAGGCGCCCGCCCGAUAAUCUGAAAAGAGGUUUCGAGGAAGGCUUUGGACUUGGAGCUCGAGGCGCGCGCACCGAGAGAACAGUUUGAAGUCUGAGCUGAAGGAAGUUGGGGGCAGGAAUGGAGAGCCGGGGGCGGCGGCCGCGGACCCCGGAGCGGCAGAGGCCGGCGGCGCGGAAGGUGCCGGUGGUGUACUACCUCACGCGGAGCCGCCACCUCGAGCACCCGCACUUCGUCGAGGUGCCGGUGGCCUCGCCGGAGGGGCUCUACCUCAGAGAUGUCAUCAACCACCUCAACACAGUGCGCGGCAAGGGCAUGGCCGCGAUGUACUCGUGGUCCUGCAAGAGGAGCUACAAGAACGGGUUCGUGUGGCAUGACCUUACUGAGGAUGACCUCGUCCUCCCGGCAACCGACGGCGAGUACGUGCUCAAGGGCUCCGAGCUCGUGGACCAAUCCGCUUCAGGUCAAUUGUACCCUGUCAGUAACGGCAACCACAAGCAACAGAGCAGGCUGAAAGAAGGUGCACGGCAGCCACCGCCAAGAGAGCACUCCUACCCAUCCUCCCCUCCAAGCGUGAUAGUUAGAGAAGCCAAGCCCCGGCGUUCACCGUCUGUCCCUUCACAAGAUGAGGACGACACCCCCUCGCCGUGCAGGGAUCGUUCCUUGAGGACCAUGUCGCCGGAGUUCGAGCCCCAGAGGAGUGAGAGGACUCAACUGCCAGAGAGUGGGUCUGCGAGCCCAACAGAGUUCAGAGUUUACAAGCCGAUUGGUUGCAUGGAUGCUGCAACUCAAACUGAUGAUCUUGGCAGAAGAUUAGGUCGGAGAGCACCUGAGAUGCGCAAGAAGAGUCUGAGCACAGAUCAUGAUGCUGUAGUUCGUGAAAUUACUGAAUACCGGCAAAGCCACCCUCGCCGGUCAGCAGAUCUCCAAGGGAUAUCCAAGGAACUCCUGUCCCAGUGUGCUACUCCAUUGAGUAUACCUUUAACCCGUGGAAAGUCCGAGAGUUUAGAGUCCUUGAUACGAGCAGAUAAUGCGACAAACAGUUUCAGAAUUCUUGAAGAGGAGGACAUCGUUGUGCCCACCUGCCCAAAGCUGAAGCCAACAAAUGUAUUGAUGCAGCUCAUCACUUGUGGCUCGCUUUCAGUGAAAGAUCAUGAAAAUGUUGGAAUUGUUCAGGCAUACAAGCCAAGGUUCCCAAACCUGAAGUUCCCGUCUCCGUUAAUUUCUCGCACCAUGAUGAUGGGUGAGCUUGAUUACCUGUCAGAAAAUCCCAGGUUAAUGGGGAUGAGGUUGGAAGAAAAGGAAUACUUCAGUGGAAGCCUUAUUGAGACUAAGACGCAAAGGGAUGUUCCAGCUGAGAGGUAUUCGGCACUAAAACGGUCGUCUUCCUACAAUGCAGAAAGGGGUGGCGAGACUCUAAAUUGCGCACGACCUGACGAGGAUACAACUGACACAUCAUCGCGCUCAAGGUGCCUCCCCCGGACGCCGAUCCUGUCAUCCUUCCUGCACCCGAAGAGUGACACCCUGAAAUCCCCCAUCUCAGACUGCCGAAGGAGCUCCUCAGCCCGGCAGGACAGUGACCUGGCGUCCGGGGACGGGAGCAGGAGGUUCGCCGACGCCUCACUCGCGUCAGCAGCGAAGACGGACUCGUUCAGAAAGGAGGAGAAGCUCGUCAAGAUUGAGGAAAGGCUUUCGUCCGGAGCUCGCGUUGUGAUCCAGUACACCGUUCCCUGCAACGAGAGCGACGAAGGCUCUGAACGCUGAGGGGAGUGACAAUGCAGGGAUUCCGCUGCUGCUGCUGCUAGGGAGAUUCUCCUUGGCAGAUUACAUUUCUUGAAACAUGCAUUUAGCUAGGUUUUUUUUGUCGUCGUUUUACCUUCUUCCUUAGAAGUUUUAUGUCCCAUUAUCAUUUUGUAAGUGACUAUUAAAAUGUAUCUGUUGUGUUUUUCUC